UGCACACAUGCACGCAUACACACACACACACACACUAUACAUUUAUUAAAAGAAAAAUAUAUCCAAUCCUGGAAAAACAGGAGUCAAUAUAUUUUACUUCCAAAAUUCAAAGAAGGUUUUCUGUUAUGAAAUAACACAAAUAGGACUAGAGAGAUGGCUCAGCAGUUUAGAAAACUUGCUAUUCUUCUAGAGGACCCAGGCUCAUCUUCCAACACCCUCCCAGUAGUUAACAACUAACUGCCUGUAGCUCCAGUUCCAGGGGAUCCGACACCCUCUUCUGACCGCUGCAGGCACCAGGCACGCAUGUGGAAUACAGACAUAGGUGCAGACAAAAAUAUUCAUACAUAUAAGAUGGAUCAUCAUGGAUAAUACCACUUAUAGUCAGGACCAAAGGUGGGAGAAGUUGACCAGGUAACUGCAGUGUCUGGUGUCAGAAUGUUAUGUACCUUGGAGGCUCUGGUCCUCCACUAACAUUGAGACUAGGCCUAACAACUGGAUAAGAGAUGAUGAAAUACUAAAUACUUGUUUAUUUCCUUAAUGUCAGAGUAACUGGAAUAUUCAAAUAACUUUUAUUUAAUGAAGGAUAUACUCAUUAACCUCCAACCAAGUCUUUAAAAAUCCCAUCUAUCUUUCAGUAAUAACAAUUUAAAAAGUAACAUGGUCUACUUUUAUAAUUGAAGAAAUGUUUGUAUUUCUAUGUGUGUGAGAAAGAGAUUGGCUCUUGCUAUAUAUCUCCAGUUUGCCUCAAGCUCAUCCUUCUGCCUCAAACUUCUGAGUGCAGGGGUUAUAGGACAUAUAGCACCAUACCAGUCUUUCUUUUUUGAUGGGUUUCAGUAUGCAGCACUGGCUGGCCUUGAACUCAGAGAUCUGCCUGUCUCUGCCUCCUGACUGCUGGGAUUAAAGGACUGUGACACCAUGCCAGACCAUACCAGUCUUAAGUUACUUUUAAUUAAAUAAGAUGUGAUCUUUAUAUAUUGAGAUCUUCAGAAAGACGACACUGGGCUAGAGAGAAAACUUCCAUUCAUAUAGAUUUUACUAUUGCCAUUGAUAUUACCAUUAAAGAUCAAAAUGGAAAAUCUUGCAAAUGAUGGACUUUUUUAGAUUUUUGUGUGUGUCUCAGUGUCUAUGCACAUGGAAGGAUGUUUAAGUUUUUUAAAUUUGUUUCAGGAAUUAUAAGGUUGGGUUAACAUUCUAUGACACAGUUACUUAAUACAUUAAUAAACAAUAAAUCAUAUAUUAUUAGACAAAAAUUCAACAUCCAUUUAUAAUAAAAAUUCAGCAGAAUGGGAGUGUUUUGCUAUUACAAUGUAUUGGGCAUCUCCAGAGAAAUAUACUGUUAGGGGAAGUGGAUUUGGAUUCAUUUUUAACUGCAUAUAUUAGGUAUCCAGGAAAAAAUUUAUGAAAGAAACAUACUUCACAAUGUGGAAAGGAGAAAAUUAUUCAUAUAUUCAGUUAAUACAAAUGAGGCAAAAAAUGGUGGUAGAAAAAUAGCAAGACAAGCAAUAAAUAGUAAAUAGUACUCCAGAUGUCAGGUAAUGGUCAAAAGUAUCAAGAAGACAUGUUUAUUUGUUUGAGAGACAUCUCAUGGAACUGAGGAUGACCUUGAACUCCUGGUAUUCUGCCCCACUCAGUUUGUAAGGUACCAGUUAGUAGAGGGCACGUGCAUCACCACACCCGAGGUGUGGAGCUGGGGACCAAACCAUGGUAGGCAAGUAUACUACUGGUUCCCAUCUCUGCUCACCACAGACUUUCUGUCUCAGCUCUUUAAGCAAGUUCCAAGUUUGCAUGUUUCAUGCUUCUUGCUCCACUUAUUUGGCCUGGCACUUAACACUUACAAGGGCUCUUCAAGGCAGGGUUUCUCUGUGUAGCUUUGGCUGUCUUGGAACUUGCUCUGUAGAGCAGGCUGGCCUUGAACUCACAGAGAUCCACCUGCCUCUGCCUCUGGAGUGCUGGGAUUAAAGGUGUGCGCCACCACUGCCCAAUAGAGUUAAGACCCUAUCUCUAAAGAGAUAAAGUGAGAGAGAAUUGGGAUUUAUUCAGAAUUUUCAAGGUACUAAUCCUGUUGUUGCUCUCCUCCCCAAAACACCUUCAUAAACUGGCAAUUUUUAAAAAAUGUUAUAUUUUAAAUUACCAACGAGAAGCACCAUGGACUCUGCAGUGGAGGAGAGCAAAGUUAAAAGCUGUCCAGUCUGGGUGGGUGCCCACAAGAGGGCUACUGAGGCAAGACGAGCCUCAAUUCAGGGCCUGCUGGGGCCACACGGUGAAUUCGAGGUGAGCCUGAAUCAACCUCUUAAAGUUUAAAAAGAAAGGGUGGGGCCCGGAGACAUCUGCUGCGGUGGAGUGUUUGUCUACGAUGUGUGAAGCCAUAGGUUCACCCUCAAUACCAUAAAGGAAACAUUUGGACACAGUUAUCCAGUUAGCGGCAGUUCUGGAAAGAGCGACUUUCUUAUUUUGAAUCUAUAAUUCACUACUCAAUGUCGGUUACAAGACAUUUGCUUGAAGCAGGUCCAGUGUGAGGUACAAAACGAUGGAAAUCAGCUCGAUAUCAGCUAAGGGUCCCAGUCAUUCUAUUGAAUACGUCUGUGGGGUACAAUGCCCGGUGCCCCUAAAAUACUUUGGGUCGGACACUAGCAACUGGGGUAACCUGGCCUGUACUUCCGAUUGCACAAGGCAACUUCUUAGUAACCGUGACCCCACAACCCAUCUGAGACACAUGGCUCGGGCCCAAGCUAGUUCUGGAGGCCUCUCAUUCACCUCACCCGCUCGGAUAAAAACCUCAGGCCCACAGCGUCUGUGUGCUACAUUCCGUGACCGACUCCAGGGUGUUCCCGCCUCUGUUCUGGCAUCAUCAGGUACCUCGGACGCCUACAGCUCCAAUUGAUCCCGUCAACUGGCCGGGCACUCACCAAGGAGACCCAGCCGACGGAACCGGAAAUAGCUGCUUGUAGAAGCUCAGGAAUAAGUAACGUCUCUCAGUUGCCCGGUGCGAGGCUGGUCCUCGGGAAGCUGCUCAAUUGGUCCAUUAAAGAAGGACCGCCGCCUUGGGAGCACGCUGACCAAUCAGGAUGCAGGAUGGUGAGCCGGGGGCGCGUCGCUUCCGGCGGUUUCCCCACGGCUUCUGCGUGGGGAGCAUGGGAGCGUGGGAGUUUUGUGGUGGCCUCCGCCUCCUUUGUCGCGUCUCGGCUGGGCGUGGCUUCGGGCCGCUUCUGCCGGGCAGGGUGAGACUGACUGUGCCCCAGAGCGGGUGAGCGGUCCGUUUCAAGGCUGCUUUGGAAGAAGCCGUCACCUCCGAUUCUCAAAGGAGCUUGAGGGUUUCGAGGAACCUGAGGGGAGAGUGGAAAGGCCUGGCAGCCGAGUCGUAGAUUCUAGGGACUGUUCUCUCCGCUUGUUGUGUUGUCCCAUCGUGGGGACUUGAAGAAGGACCCCUUAGCUUCCUCAGAUGGCGUCCACGCGCCCCACGUCAGAUGACCAGGCUUACCGACUUCCUCUUGAGAAUCACCAGAUGGGGAGCAGAGCUCUUGACAAGGGGUAACAGUCCUCAAAGCGUCUUGCGGGAGUGCCUCUUCAAGCGGCAGAUUUCUAGGCUCCACACCUGUUGAACAAUGAUGAUAACGUCUAGGGACCGUUGCUAUUUGAAGAUCUGGAUGUGUAUUUCUCUCAAGAGGAAUGUGUGAGUCUGCAGCCUGCCCAGAAGACCAACAGCGGAGAAGCCUCGUUGGAGCCUUUUGAGGACUUGGACUCGACAGAUUGACCUGGAACCUUGCAGUCCACCCACAUGGACAGACUUUUGAUUUUUGGAAGUCAAGAGAGCCUGUUGGCUCCUGAUUUUUUUGUAUUUAUUAGUGUCUGGGUAAUUAGCUAACCUGUGUUCAGUUUCUGGUCUUCAGAGUAACUACUUUAACUUAUUCUUUCUCUAGUGUCUCGCGUAAAGGUGGUGUCUAUGUUUUCCUUUGUUUUGCUUUUAUCAGCAGGAGGGAAAGACAAGAUUGAGACCAGUCAGCAGUUAAGCCUAGAGUCUAUGGAACUUGAAGAGCUGUCUCUAGAAACGUACUCCAUUGCUUCACCCCAUGGCCACUACUUUGAAAAAUCUGAGCAUGACGUUGGAAUGCAUGAAAGGAAGAUGUCAGGGGGAGCUUUGACUUGUAAGACCAAGGUUAUAAGCCUCUUAGUUACCAUUGAAAACCAAACCCCAUUAGUAGAAUUAUCUCAGUGUUUAGGAGUCAAAACACUUUCUGAUAUUAUUGAAGUUCCCUGGGAAGAAGCUACAAAUGUGUACAAGUGUCCUGACUGUGACCAAAGCUUCAGUGAUAACACAUACCUUGUUUUGCAUCAGAAAAUCCAUUCAGAAGAGAAAAAGUAUAAAUGCAGUACCUGUGAGAAGACCUUCAGUCACAGAGCCAACCUGAGGACACACAAGAGAACCCACACUGGCGAGAAGCCUUACAAGUGUACCAAGUGUGAUGCCGGCUUCCGGCAGCAGUCACACCUGUCCCGGCACAUGAAGAGCCAUAUAAAGGAGAACCCAUAUACAUGCAAUGUAUGUGGGAAAGGUUUUAUGUGGCUCCCAGGAUUGGCGGAACAUCAGAAGAGUCAUAAUGAUAAAAAAUCUUACGAAUGUGCUGAACGUGAUCAACCAUACUGUCAGGAAACAAAUCUGGCUUUGCCUGAAAACACAGGCUCAUCAGACACCCCAUACCAGCACACCCAGUGUGAGAAGAGCUUGGAGCACCCCUCAUACCCUGCUCUCCCUGAGAAGGAUCAUAAGGAGGACUCUAAGAACUGCAGUAUUGAUGAUGAAGACUUUUUUUCAUUUUCCAGAUUCAAACCCUUACAGUGUCUUGAUUGUGACAUGACCUUUCCUUGUUUCUCGGAGCUUGUUUCUCAUCAAACCAUUCACGACAUGGAAAAACCUCAUAAGUGUAAGACAUGUGGAAAAACCUUUGCUUUAGAUUCAGAACUUGCAUCCCAUGAGAAGCAGCACAUCAAAGAAGAACCCUUCAAAUGCACGGUGUGUGGGAAGAGCUUCCGAGUGAAUCUGCAUCUCAUCACUCACAAACGAACCCACAGGAGAAACACCAAGUAAAUACAAGCUUUGCCACUGUUGAGCUUCUUAGUGUCUUUAUGAUGGGAAACCGUUUAUGUGCAGCGUUACGCUAAGCAAGCACUUUACACACAUUCCAGGUAACGUAGGCAGUAUUAUUUAUUACCUCUGAUUAGAACUGAGGCGACAUAAUGUUACAUACAUAGCAUGUGAAGUGAGGAUUUGAACUCAGUUCCUGAUCAGAUUUCAUUUAUAUGAGCCAGAGAAACAGAAAACUUUAAAAUUUGGCUUUUGACUGCUGGGUAUGGUGGCACACACCUUUAAUUCCAGCACUUAGGAGGCAGAGGCAGGUGUGGAUCUCUGAGAGUCUGAGACCAGUCUGGUUUACAUAGUUCCAGGACAGCCAGAGCUAAAUGUGGUACCCUGUCUCAAAAACCAAAAUAAUUCCAGUUUUUGUUAAAAUGAAGGUUAUUUCUACAUUUUUUUUUUUAAAAAGUUGGUUUCUAAGAAUUUUAGGAAGAGGAGAUUUAUUUUUUUGCCAGUUCUAUACAUGUAGUAUCUAGGAAAAUGAAUGUAUUUAUAUUUGUUUUUGUACUUUUCUUGUUAAAAUUAUUUCAGUGAAAUGUUUGUAUGGACUAUUUUGUUUGAACUGUGAAUUUCUAGUUAAGGACUCCAUAUAAAGUUACCAAAUGGA